AGCAUGGUAGAGCAUUACUACCGCAACGUGCACGCCGUCGUCUUCGUUUACGACGUCACGAAAAUGAGCUCCUUCACCAACCUCAAGACGUGGAUCGAGGAGUGCAACGGGCACGCGGUGCCCCCCCUCGUCCCCAGGGUGCUGGUGGGGAACAAGUGUGACUUGAAAGACCUGAUCCAAGUGCCAUCCAGCAUGGCCCUCAAGUUUGCCGACGCUCACAACAUGCUUUUGUUUGAGACCUCGGCCAAGGACCCUCAGGAGAGCCAGAACGUGGAUGCCAUUUCCAUGUGCCUGGCCUGCCGGCUGAAGGCCCAGCGCUCGCUGCUCUGCCGGGACCUGGAGGGGCGGCCGGGCCAGGCUCGCCGCCUGGAGCCGACGCACGACGCCAACGGUAAGAACUCCUGCCCGUGCUGA